GAGAUUAUUUAGAAAAACUAGCAAAAUUAUUGCCUAAGUAUAUAAAAGAAGUUAAAAUAUUUAUAGUUUUGCAAUUAGGUUAUAAGGAUGAAGUAACUUUAGAUGACUUAAGUAAAUUUUUUAGUAAUAUUAAUACCAGAAGCUCAUUUGUCCUUUUAGAAAUUGUUAUUCCUUAUAAUAUGCAAGUGGUUUCUAAGAGUAUUCAAUUUGAUUAA